AAAUUUCCAUUAUAUAAAUAAACAUUUUAUUUCAAGUAUGCUACUAAAUCUAAAAUCUAUAUCCUUCCAAGUAGUCAAGCCCAAUGGCAAGCCAAGGAACAAUGCAAAGACCAUCCACAACCUCCUCAACCUCAAUUCCCACAGACCAACAGUCCUAUGAACCAAAGUCCCCUACCUUCAAAAGGGUCAAUGAAUUCAGGUUCAUCUUCCCCUUCAACUUUCCCUCAACUCCAGAAUCAGCAGCCGUUCGGAUAAUCCGAAACCUGGGCUCUUAUGGAGUUUACUAUACACUUUUCAUAUGGAUCAGCCUCUUCAUAACCUUGAUUCCCAAGCGCAAAGUUUCCUUGGUCUACUUUGUUGCCACAACUGUUGUGGCAUGCGUUUACCUUCAGCUACAGAGAGAUUUUGUUGUGCUGCAGAGGAUUGUCGACAAGCGAUUCGUCUUGGCUUUGCUGGUGGUGGUUGCCAUGGUUGAGCUCAUCCUGACUGAAGCAGCCAUACAUCUGUUUGUGACAUUGGGGUGUGGGAUUCCAUUGGUUUUGGUUCAUGCUGUGCUUUUGAGACUGAGAGAAGAUGCUUUUCUGGAGGAGGAAGGUUACUCUGCUGAUAGGGAACAUGUUCUUCUUACAAAAACCGGUGAAGAUCAUCAGUUUGUAGAUUCUGUUUGAUUAUUACUUUUGAUGAAAUGGUUUGCUGAUAUUGGUUUUUGUUUUUGUGGGAAAAUAAAUUGUAUCGUGAGGGCUAGACAAAAAUUGGCUCUGCUAUGUGAAAUUUGCACUUAAUCUGAAUUUUUAUUUGUUACUAGAAGACAAAUACAAUUAUACGAAUUAAUGAGAAAAGCUUUUGGCAUUGUU